AUGAUACGAAGCAGAAACGAUUUCUCUUGGACCGCGUACUAUGACAUCGAUCAUGAUCGCCUUUGGAGGAAAACCCUUUCAAGAUCCAACUAUAGAUGUUUCGGUGCAGAUCCCAAUAGAAAUUGGAAUUACAACUGGGGUAAACACUCUUCAACACACAAUCCAUGUGACUAUCAAACCUAUGCCGGCUCGCGGCCAUUUUCUGAAAUAGAGACACGAACUCUUUCAUCGUACAUUCAGAACAUUGACAACCUGCUGGUUUAUGUUAGUUUACACUCGUACGCUGCGAUGUUGCUAAUACCUUUCUCAGACUCUACACAACAUGUCGAUAAUUAUAAAGACUUGGUUAGAGUGGGUAGGCGUUCCAUCGAUUACGGUUACGAAGUUAACAGAGCAGAAAAAUAUCAAGGACCGGGUACCGCAGCGGAUAUGUUAUACAAAGCCUCUGGUGGCAGUACGGAUUGGGUUCGACACACUUUAAAUACCCCGCUGGUGUACACUUACGAGUUGCGUGGUAACUCCUUCCACUGGCCCCCAUCGAGAAUUCAAGAGCAAGGAAACGAGGUUACGCAAAUGAUGCUUGGACUAGCUUCCGAGGCCAGCAUAUUGGGAUAUUUAUAA